AUGCUGUUGGUAGACUUCGCUCAGCACGCAGAUGCCGUACACCUCUUCGAUGAGUUCAGCAGCAAGACUCACUGCGGCAGGGUCUACCAGGGUGCACUGGACAACGGCUACUUCGUAGAAGCUUUGCAGGCCAUAUCGCUGCGACCGAAGCUCGUCAAGCAGCUCUUCUAUGCUUGGCAAGCAAGGAGGUCUGUCUACAUCGCCAGGCUCUACAAGCACGGCACCUGGAUGCGAGUGGAGGUGGACGACUACGUCCCCGUCGGUCGACCCGGGAGGAAUGACACAGAUGUCAACGUGCCAAUCUGCUGCCGCUCCGAGCACUUCCCGAAUGUCAUCUGGCCAAGCCUUAUCGAGAAGGCUUACGCAAAGAUCCACACCUUGCGGCUGAGUCCCAGUGCGGUUUCAGAGGAGGACAUGGGAGGCUGGGAGGCACUGAACGGCGGCGGCAAGGUCGAGGACGCGCUCGCUGACCUCACAGGAGGCGUCGCCGGCCGAUUCUACACCCAGGAUGUCUCUCCCGACCGGCUGUUCAUCUACAUCCACGACUUGCAGCGGGACACGCUUUUUGUCUGCAGGCCAAAUCCAACGACGUGUGAGCUGCAGGGUGUCAGGCUGAAUCCGUAUUAUCCUUAUGCUGUAAAUCGAGCAGUUCAUUGGGAAGGUGGUUUGUAUCUUCAGCUCUUCUGCGGCGGUCCGGGAGUCUAUGACGGUGGCCUUCAAGACAUCACCGUCCCCUAUACGCUGUCGCGAAAUGAGAAGUACCCUGAGAAACGAGAGGAUGGCUUCUUCUGGCUCAAUGCUGAAGACUUCCACGAGUACUUCGGUACCAUCUUCGAGUGCCGACUCGUCAAUAGCGGUGACGUCUCGCUCCCGGAUAUGCCACCCCCGCGAUUUGAGACGAUCAGGCCACCGCCUUCGGAGCUGUCGCUCAUGGCAGCUGGAAUGAUGGCACCCCGGCAAGCCUAUGCACUGUCGGCCGCCAUGGACAAGCGAACUGUGGGCUGCCUGGGUGGAGGCAGGUUACUGUGCCGCGAAGGCCAGCUGGGCCGAAUGAUGGUCUACGCUGCUCAUCGAUUGGGAGUUAGGAUGUGCGUGCUCGACCCGCUUGGAGAGAAGUCUCCCGCCGGACAGGUUGCCGAAAUGUCGGUGAAAGGCAGCUUCCAGGACGCCGACGCUGUCCGAGCCCUGGCAAAGAAGUGCGACAUCCUCACGCUCGAGGUGGAGCACGUCAACGCAGAGGUGCUCGAGGAGCUCCACCAAGCCGGCGUUCCGGUUCAGCCGCUUCCCUUCGUGGUGAAGCUCAUCCAGGACAAGUACGUGCAGAAGGUCCAUCUUCAAAAGCAUGGUGUGCCUUUGCCCGAGUUCGAGAAGGUAGAAUCCGAAGCUGACUUGCACAGCAUCGGCGAGCGAUUUGGCUACCCCAUGAUGCUCAAGAGCAGAUACGGAGCCUACGACGGCAAGGGCAACGCUGUUGUGCCGAACGCGCAGGGCAUCACAGCAGCCUUCGAAAAGCUUGGAGGCAAGGCCGGCAAGAAGUUGUAUGUGGAGAAAUGGGCUCCUUUCAAGAUGGAGCUGGCAGUCAUGGUCGCCCGUGGCGUGGACGAGACCAUGAACGUCACCAUGCGCACCUACCCAGUGGUGCAUACCGUCCAACGCGACAGUGUUUGCUUCACCUGCCUGACACCACCUGUGGGAGUUACCCAGAAGCAGCAGGAGCUAGCGCAGAAGAUUGCCACCGACGCCAUCAAGAGCUUUGGCGACGCUCGGGGGAUAUUCGGCGUCGAGAUGUUCCUUCUCGAGGAUGGCUCAGUGCUGCUCAACGAGAUCGCACCGCGACCGCACAACACCGGCCACUACACCAUGGAAGCUUGCGGUGUCGAUCAGUUCGAGCAACACCUGCGGUGCGUGCUGGGCCUUCCCUUGGGCGAUUGCCAGCUGAGAGUCGGCGGCGCCAUGAUGGUGAACAUCCUCGGACAGGGUGAGACGCCGGAGAUGGUGACGAAGACCAUGGCCCCCCUUCGACGCGCACUUCUUGUGCCGGAUGCCGGCAUCCACUGGUAUGGCAAGGAGGGCUGUGCCAAGGGCCGGAAGAUGGGUCACAUCACCGUGACCGGCUUCACCCCGGCCAGCGCGUUGGAAGAAAUCCGCCCCGUUCUGGCGGCUGUUGAUGGUGAUGAUGCCGUCAACAAGCUGGAUGUUCCGACCAAGCCCUCGCCCAGUGUGGGGAUCAUCAUGGGCAGUGACAGCGAUUUGCCCACGAUGAAGGACGCUGCCCAGGUCCUCGACGACUUCGGCAUCCCAUACGAGAUCAGCAUCGUUUCGGCUCAUCGCACUCCAGAGUACAUGUACGAGUAUGCGACCACGGCGGAGGCCCGAGGCAUCAACGUCAUCAUCGCAGGUGCCGGCGGCGCCGCGUGCUUCGGUUGGACUAGGGGCUUGAGACAUUGUCCCGGCUACGACUUGAGAUGA